GACUGCACGUGACUCCGAUUCUUUUCACGUGGGAUUUCAGCUGAUCGUUUUGGGGAAAAACUGACAUGAUUUCUCCGAGGACUCGGUAUUUAAUAUUCUUUCAGUACUUUGGGACGAAAUAUUGUGGCGUGACGAGAGCACCUCCUGACCAGGCAGUGCUCGGGGUACUGAAUUACCUGGAGAUGGCAGCUGAGAAGCUCCGCCUUUCUGCGCCGGCCAAAUUCGUCAUCUCCAGCCGCACGGACUCCGGGGUGCACGCCCUCUGCAACGCUGCCCACGUCGACAUCGAGAGGCCAAGCGACAAGCCGCCUUUCUCUGCAAGGCUUCUGGCCGAGGCUCUCAACCGCCAUCUCAAACCCGAGCCCAUUCGCGUGCUGGGCGCCCGUUGCGUCCCCGACACCUUCCACGCCCGCUUCUCGGCCCGGUCGAGGACAUACGUGUACCGGGUGGCCACAGGAUGCUCACACCCUUCUGAGCUGCCCAUCUUUGAAAAGAACCUCUGUUGGGCCACGUGUCGAGGCCAUUUGAAUUUGCUGGCCAUGCGGGAGGCGGCCGCCUUCCUGUUGGGGACGCACGACUUCAGCACCUUCCGCUCAGCCUCCACGGAACUUCCCGUGAGGGACCCAGUCAAAAACCUUGCCUGGGUGGACGUGAGGCCCGCGCCCGGCUUCCUUUCAGAGCACAGCAAGAACAGUGACCUGCGGUUUUGGGAACUGGAGUUCAUGAGCCGGUCAUUUCUCUACAAACAGGUGCGGCGGAUGGCCGGCGUGUUGGUGGCCGUGGGGCAGAACCGGCUGGAGCCUCACCAUGUCCAAGAGCUUUUGGAGAUCCGGGAUCUGAUGGCUUAUCCCCAGAACACCAUUGCGCCGGCGGACGGGCUCUUUCUCAAGGAUGUGGAGUACUACGAAGCUGAUUUGGAGACUGGAGAACCUGAAAUGGAAUCGCAGCCCUGUUGAACGCACCGUGGCUUCUGACUGGACUGAAACACCCGCAGGGUUAAAGGGUGCCACCAGCCAUCACAGAUCUUCCUGGAGCUUGUUGAAGCGCUGCAAACCUCUGCCCU